CCUCCCCGUUCCCUGCCUUCUUCCCCCCCCCGCCGUCCCUCCCCCCCAACCUCCGGAGCUGGGAAGAGAGUCAAGAUGGCGGCGAAAUCCGAUGGCGGUGGCGUGGGGGUGGGCUUCGCUCAGCUGCACAACCUGGACGAGGCGGUGGGCAGUGGCGGCGAGGAGGACGGGGAGCCCGGGGGAGGCGGCUGCGGCGGCGGCGGCGACGGCAGCGAGCCCGGCGAGAGCAGCUCGCUGCACAUCUGCCACUGCUGCAACACCUCCUCGUGCUACUGGGGCUGCCGCUCCGCCUGCCUGCGCUCCCUCCUGGGCAAGAAGCCGCGCCGCAGCGCCGCCGCCGACGGGGGGGACCAGCCGCUGCAGCCUCCCGCGGCCCCCGGCGCCGACCGCCAACCCCCGACGCCCUCGGCCGCGCGGCCAGAGCCGCCGCCGCCGCAGGUGGAGCGGCCGUGGCUCGACUGCCUGUGGAUCGUGCUGGCGCUGCUGGUGUUCUUCGGGGACGUGGGCACCGACCUGUGGCUGGCCCUCGACUACUACCGCAAGGGGGACUACGGCUACUUCGGGCUGACCCUCUUCUUCGUGCUGGUGCCGUCGCUGCUGGUGCAGAGCCUGAGCUUCCGCUGGUUCGUGCAGGACUACACGGGCGGCGGGCUGGGCGCCGUGGAGGGGCUCAGCAGCCGGGGCCCCCCCAUGAUGGGGGCCGCCUACGGCGCGGCGGUCUCGGCCACGCCGGGGGCGCAGCGCCUGUGCCGCCUCUCCGUGUGGAUCUGGCAGUCGGUCAUCCACCUGCUGCAGAUGGGGCAGGUGUGGAGGUAUAUCCGCACCAUGUACCUGGGGAUUCAGAGCCAGCGGCGGAAGGAACACCAGCGACGCUUCUACUGGGCUAUGAUGUAUGAAUAUGCAGACGUCAACAUGCUGCGCCUCCUGGAGACCUUCCUGGAGAGCGCGCCCCAACUGGUGCUACAGCUCUGCAUCAUGAUCCAGAAGAACAGCGCCGAGACCCUGCCCUGUGUCUCCUCUGCAACUUCCCUGAUGUCCCUGGCUUGGGUGCUAGCCUCCUAUCACAAGCUGCUGCGGGACUCCAGGGACGACAAGAAGAGCAUGAGCUACAGAGGGGCCGUCAUCCAGCUCUUCUGGCGCCUCUUCACCAUCUCAUCCCGAGUGAUCUCUUUUGCCCUCUUUGCUUCCAUCUUCCAGCUCUAUUUUGGGAUCUUCGUGGUGGUUCACUGGUGCGCCAUGGCCUUCUGGAUCAUCCAUGGCGGAACAGACUUCUGCAUGUCCAAGUGGGAGGAGAUCCUCUUCAACAUGGUGGUAGGGAUUGUGUACAUUUUCUGCUGGUUUAACGUCAAGGAAGGGCGGACUCGAUAUCGAAUGUUUGCAUAUUAUACGAUAGUCUUGACCGAGAAUGCUGCCUUGACGUUCCUUUGGUAUUUUUACAGAGACCCGGAGACCACUGACUCCUAUGCGGUGCCAGCACUGUGUUGUGUCUUUAUUAGCUUUGUGGCUGGGAUCGCACUGAUGCUCUUAUACUAUGGUGUGCUGCAUCCCAUGGGGCCACGAGCUAAGAUCCUUGCCAGCUCCUGUUGUGCCGAGCUGCUCUGGGGCAUCCCUUUGCCCCCCGAUGUUGAGCCCAUGGCGCCUCAGAUCCCUGGGUACCGGGGGACCCAGGUUACGCCCACCAGAGCCGUAACGGAACAACAGGAGGAUCUCACGGCUGACACUUGCUUGCCCGUUUUCCAAGUGAGACCCAUGGGGCCCCCUACCCCGUUGGGGCGUCCUUACCUCCCAGAAGGGCCCCUCAUUAAGAUUGACAUGCCAAGAAAGCGAUAUCCAGCUUGGGAUGCUCAUUUUGUAGACAGGAGGCUGAGAAGGACUAUUAACAUUCUGCAGUACAUCACCCCCACCGCAGUAGGCAUUCGAUAUCGAGACGGACCACUCCUCUAUGAGUUGCUACAGUAUGAGUCUUCACUCUAAGAGCAUCUUGACCCAAAUUGAGAAGGGGACUUUAAGUUUGGUUUGCGGCAAACACCGCUUGCAAGAAAUAUAACCCUCCCUUCCCCCAAUACACAGAACCACCGCCACCACCACCAACACCGCCACACCAACACCACCACUACAAAAGAAAAAAAAAAUUAAUAAGUCACAACCCCUUCAAAUAAGCUUUCUUUCCAGUCGCUGUAUGUAUACAAAGAUAUUCUCUAUGUUUUGUAAGUAAAAACAAAAAGAAAACCUUUCUUUUGUUUUUUACACAUAAGAAACAGUAUUGAAAAAUCCCACGCUAUGGUUCAUAGAGUGGAGAAGGAGGAGUUGUCUCCACUCCAAAAGAAAAAAAAAAGUUUUUUACCUUACACCAAGUGUAGAUCAUUUAUGGGAUUGGUGCUGAUUGAAAGAACAAAACAAAACAAAACAAACACAAACAAACAAAAAACCUUCAACUGCCUUAUGCCCUUAGGUGCUGAGUUUCAUUAAGUACUGUCACGUUUUCUCAUGCAAAACUCUCUGGUGAUUUUUGCACCAGGAGAGGGGAAAUUAAACAAUCAAAUGAAACAAUCUAAAAGUGAAACAAAAACCAACCAACAAAGACAACAUAAAGCAAUUAUUCUUCCUAUCUGAUUAUUUGUAUUGAAGAAAACAAAUUUACCAAAAGCGAAAGCAUAAAACCCGUUCCUCUUUUCAGUUUCUCCUCCUCCUCUCCGGACCUUCUCCCCACUUCGCAGAGCCUUCUAGGAGCUCGAGGGCUGUUUGAAACUCAAAUGGCUGGAGCAGCUACUUGAAGGCUGACUAUGUGCCAUUUCAGCAUUUGCCUAGCAAGAAUCACAUUUGUUUCCCAGUGAAAAGCAAACCAGAACAAAACAAAAAGCCACCCCAAUAAUUCGGUAAGGACAGGACAUUCUAAAGCAAAUUAAAGGAGAUUUCUAUAUACAUAAUCAGUAAUAAUAAAACUCAGCAUAGUAGCAAAAAGAACGACAUCAAUUUAAAGGCACAAUACUUAAUCAGUGACUGGCAACAAUGAUUAGUUCCAUCAUUUUAAGGCUGUGAACGGUAGACAUUUAUCACAUGUGAUAUUGUGUAAACCUCUUCUGUUUCCAUUUGGUGGGAAGCCUUAAAUUGAUCUGGAAAGAAUUCUUCAUUUUUCAUUUGUGCUUUUUUUUUUAAAAAAAAAAAUAACACAAAGAGGAAAACUAGAAUAUAUAUAUAUAUACAUAUAUAUAAAAAGUCAAAAUUGUAAUAACUGACCCAUUUCAAAGACUGUUUGGUGCUUCUGUCUUUCACCGUUGUGGUUGGCUGAAAAUCAUUCAGCUCACCUGGUGCAUCUGGGUUGAGUGGGAAAUUUUGUGUGUGUAGUAUGUGUGUGUUUGUGUGUGUAUGUGUGUGUGUGCCCAUAGCACACGUAUAUAUGUGUGUGUCCCUGCUGCAAAGUCUUGCCAGAGAUAUACAAAACUGAUGUAAGAUGGACUUGGAUUACGGAUUGGUUCAGCAGAGCAUGGGGGCAGGGGCUCUGGAGUGGCAGGGAAGGGAUGCCGCCUGCCCACGAGCCCUGGUUUGGGUGGCGAGACUCACAGCAGCAGCGGACUCCAGGCCUUAGAGGCCGUGCCAUUUGGGUGAGGAUUUGAUUCCACUGUUUAUUUUCUCAUUGUAUCAAGUUGAAUUUCUGCAGGUGUUGCAAGUAUGUUCAACCAUUUAAAAACUUUUUAUUUUUCAAAGUAUUGUUCCUUUAAAGAAUAUUUCUGUUCUAGGGCAUCGUUUCAAUCCCAUCGUAUCUCUACUUGGGCACAAAACAAAAAAAAAAAAAAAAAAAAAAAAAAGAAAAAAAAAAAAGUAUAUAUAUAUAUAGACACACACAAUAUUUUUAAGUAAAUACUGUUAGUCUUUGCUGUGUGUAGCUGCGAUUUUUUUUUCCAAAUAUAUACCUGUUUAGGGUGCAAGACCUCACAUUGAACUAUUCUUAACACAAGUUCAAUAACUGAGGGAUUUUUUUAAUGUUUGUGGAGUUUUUUUUUUUUUUAAAAAAAAAAAAACAAUUAUUAUUCAGUGAGGCUUCUCCUUCCCACCCCCUUCAUUGUUUAUCUAAAACCUUUUUUUUUCAAGAACAAGUUUCAAAUAUCAGUUGUGAAACUGAAUGCUCUCUUCUUUGUCUGGACUUCCUGGACCUCAUGCGUCCUUACUAAGCAUCGUGGUGCUGUCCUCUCCCCGUCCCUGACCCGGGGGUCCCCUCGGGCCUCCCUGGUGGGCAGGAGGAGGAGGAGCCCCCAACUCUAGGAAGCAGGACGAACAGAGCACACACAGGCAGCACUGAAAACCAGCCAGGAGGGCUCUGCACGCCCAUCAAAGGACCCACCUGUGGGCCCCUGGAGAGUCACUUGGGAGUUGGAAUCUAGUCAGAGGCACUUUUCUGAAUCGCACCAGCCUGCUGCCUUUCAAGGGCUUCGUGCCUGAGCUCUGCGAUGUACUCUGCUAGGCUGGGGAAGGUGAGGCCAUUGGAGGGUUGGGCAUCCGCUUUAGCUGGUGGGGUCCCACCUGUUGUCUGCCUUGGGUCUAGGGCUCUGUGCACCUGGAGCUGGCCCACGUCUGUCCUUAGCGCAUCUUCCUUGAAACGCCCUCAUGCAUCCUCUCGGGACUUCUGCCACUUCUGCUUGUGUGUCUGUUCUUGGAUUUCUUUCUUUCUUCCUUCUUUUUGUUUCAGCGCAGUCACAGGUUUUAAUUCGCCACCUCUAUUUCACUCUUGCACAAUUAGCGCGUGUGUGUCCCUGUGUGUGCAUCCUGCCAUGUUUACAUGAAACUUACAAAGAGAACGGUAGAUGCUGAGCUGACCGGGAGCACCAGGAGUUGGGAUGGCAACUUCCAACUCAGGGAGGGCCUCCAGGGUCUUAGCCACUAGGAACAAAUGAGGAGAUCACGGGACAUUUCAGCAAUCUUUUAAUUUCACACUUCUCACUGGAAAAGGCAUCCUCGCCCCUCCCUGGAACUCCUCCAUCAUGCCAGUACUUUCUUCACAAAGAAAAUGAAAAUAUGCAUCUGUGAGCAGCAGCAGGGAAAGCUGGUUUUGUAGAGAUGCAGGAAAAGGAAGAAAAGCAAGGAAAGAAGUAGAGAGCAAGGCAUGGAAGAGGCAGGGGAGACCUGAUGGCAAGGACCAGGCCAGCGCUGUCCUCAGUGUCCUCUUGUCAUCAGCCUCUAGCAGCUCCCCACACUCCCAGUUACCCUGAAACUUUCUGGCAUCAUCUCCCCUGGGGUCCUUCCCCCGAGGCCCUUCCCCUUCCAGUGAAUGGUCCUGGGCGUCAAGGCAGGAUUCCAUACACACUCAGUGCUGAGACCGCCUGGGGACCGUGUCUCCGGACCCAGAUGACUUUGGUCCUGAAAGCCCAGAUCCUUAAGACCGCCCCGUGACAGGGUCGCUCUUUGUCCCACACUGGGCAUCAGCAUUUAGUCUUUCAUUUGCCUGAGUCCCUGACAACCCUCCAGGGCUGCUGCUUCAGCUGCUUCCCAGAGGAAUGCCCGUGAUGUUUUUAGGUUUUUUUUUUAAAUUUUAAGUCUCUGGGCCCAUUUCUUUCCCAGGACCUCCUGAAGAAAAUCAAUCCAUUUCCAGUAUUAAGGCCUGGUAAGCACAUUGGUGCCCAGAGAUAGAGAAUACAAAAACUAUCUCCUUUGCAUUCCCUGAUGACUCCCCCAUCAAGUAUGCCCACUAAGCCCCAUAUUUUAUUCCUCUAACCACAUAGAAUAUUUGGCUCUACUUUUUCUUCUCAGAAAUGUGGUAGUAUCGCCAAACUAUAAUGGUGUUAGAGUCCUUUCUGCAAACUCUGCUUCUCCCUUGCUCAGCAGGUCUGCCUCUUCUCCCAGCCUCUGCGUAAAAGGAAACUUCAGUCCCAUCAGAUGACAUCGGGAUGAUGUCCCCUGAGUUCACUGCCUGAAGCCUGUGACAUCCGGAAUGGGGGCUCCCUGUCUCUUCAGGCCAUGAUGUGGGGUGCUAAGGAGGCUUCAGACCAUCAGAUCAACCCCCUCUGGCCUCACUCACCCCAAAGCUUCCCAUGUCUCUAACACUCUCCUGCACUCUGCCUCUGGAAGGUGUCACCUGGUUCUGCAGGGUCAGUCUUGUCCCAGCAACAUGGGUACCAGGACACUGGUAGGACACUCACCCAAGCAGAUCUGGGGCCAGAAUGAAAGAGGCCCCAUCUCCCUUGCCCAGACAUGCUGCCAUCACAACACACCCUUGGGCAGGGAAGAUGACAUUUCCCCAUGGCCUGGGGAUCCCCCACACCACACCUCCCAGGCACAGAAUCAUUGAAGACCACCCCAUGGUCCCCAUGGCUCUAACCCAGUCCCUCCACAGCGGUGGCCCCUCGGAAUCCCAUGAUCCUGUCUGGCCCGUGGUCAUGAAGGUGAUUCCCCUGGCUGGGGGUCGUCUCAUGCCACAGAUGUCUGACCCUGCCCGGAUAUGAGCCUGAUUCUCAGAAAGAAUUUACAGGUUUUAGAAAAGUGCCAAUUUACAUCAUUUUCUCCAUUCUUCCUCCAGUUUUAUUCCCUCCCAUUGCACAGUCAUGGGGGCAGAAAAGAAGGUCCCUGAUGUGGAUCUGGUUUGAAGCUGCACUGGGUGGGCCAUGGCCUCACUUCUUGCUGUACACCUAAACCCCUUUGCAGUCUUCACAAGCCAGGUAGAGGAAACACUACCUUUCUUUUCUCCAUCUGGUCUGCUGCUUGCUCAUGGAAGGGCUAGAACCAACCCCAAGCUUUGAUGCCCCCAGACCUUAGCACAGGGGUCCUCUCUCCAUGAUCCAGGGACAGAGCAAGAAGAGCAUGACAGUGUGCAGGCUCAGAGCCUUGGGCUUGGAGCAAAGGAUAUCAGCUCCUAGAAGAGAAUGAAGCAGGCCAUAUUCUCAUGCUCCUGGCUCGCUCGGAUGAGCUGGGCUGGGGACUGUCACCCAGCAUUCGUUUGGCACAGAUGGUAGCAUUUUCUUUGCCAAGAAAAGUGGCUCCUUACUCAAAAUGAGCCCUUUCAGGCCUUGUAUGUGUGAUGACAGCUGCUCUGGAUGGUGGCUUCAUGAUUGAAGGAGGGGAAUCUCCUUGUGUACCUUUAAUUUGAUUUUCUUACCAAGAAGCUAAAAUCUAUUUUUUCUUUGCCAAACUGAAAAAUAUUAACACAACCAGAUUUGGUUGUGGAGGUUGAGAUUUAAAUUCGGAUAAUGUAAAAGGAAGAGAGCUUAUUGCCAUUAAUUUCACCAAGAUCCAUGUGAUACUCUCAGUGUGAACUAGGAAACCGUCAGGGAAAUCUGGAGGAGCUUAAGGGAGACCUGGGGAAGACUGCAGGAGUGAAAUGGAAGGACUCAGAGGGGUGGGCCCAGGGGCUGGACCAGUCUUACAGGGAGCAGUUCUAUUCAUUUCACUUUCAAACAUUUAUUGGUCACUAGACCCUGUUGGGCAACCCCCUUCAUCAAGCACAACACAGUUAUCCCUUAGGGAGUGAACGUAAAUCAAUGUUGGUUCCUCUUAUCAAGGUCCAGCUGAGAACCAGAUGAGCACAAUGGGAACCUCUUUAAGCUUCUGUCCCUUUCUCCUCAGCCCAAACUGGCCAUUGUCAUAGAAGCAACAUUCCAUUCUCACCCACGGUUCAACCUCCAGAACACGGAAAUGGCAGGGGCCAGCCCAUCACAGGUUACAAACCCAUGAGCUUGCAAGAGGACUUCUCCCAGCAUCCUCAAUCAAUGUGUGCCUGUCCCAAUUUCAAAACAUGUAAAAAGAUAAAAAGGCAACUCUACCCUACCAGAGAUUUUUUUCUAUCCCCCUUCACUGGGAAAAAAAAGAUGAUGCUUAAUCUGAAUUCUUGCGGUGGCAACACAAGCUCCUUUCUCACCCAUCCCUAGCUAUUCUAAACAUUUCACUUCUUGCUUAAACACUGCAUCUCAUGCUGUUGGCCAAAUAUCAAAAGACAAGGGUGCUGCCUUGAUCCUGCUGCAGCCUCCUUCCUUGGCUCGCCUGGUCCUGUCUGCCUUAUUCAGCUCUCCCUGGCACCAUCUGCUCCUUACUCCUGUGGCUUUCCUUGCACUGGCUGGCAGACCAUGGCUGGUAUAUCCUGGAGACAAAGGUCGUGAGUGCUAUUAAUGACAGCUCCCGAGGGCAGCAGACGGACCACUGUGGGAGUUCCUCCUGCUCUUGGCCAACACCUUGUGUCAAGAGCUAAGAAUAGACCACAUUGGAAAUGAGCAGGCAGGACCUAGGGACACCUGCCCCAGGCUGCCCCAUCACAUGCAGAACAGUACGCAGGUCCCAGGAGAGGAUGCUGCCCUUGUCAUUCCCUAACACAAAUCCCAGGACCCUAACUACCCCUAAAAGUCAUUCUCAAACCAGUGAGGACAAAGAAAUAAUUUCCCUUUAGUAUAGUGCCAAUUGGUAAUCCAGUGCACAUCCCUCUGUAAGCAACAUUUGGCCAUCUGUCACGGUGGGUACAGACAACCCAUCAUCUGUUAGAUGAGCUCCCCUGGUCUGUUUGUCCAUCUUCGACAUAGCUCUGGGGUCCUCGGGCUAGAGUGGGCUCGGGAGAUUUGUUUUAGCUGCAGACUUCCUAGGGGCUUUCCUUUAGACCCAGAAAGAUCAGGAAAUGUCACAGGCUGAUUCAGGGUCCCCACUGUGAUUGUGGAUAACUCACUUCACCUCUCGGUGCCUUGGUUUCUCCAUCUGUAAAGUGGAGAGAAAGAAGGCCAACCUCUUCCUUCUCUCCUGCUCAGGGAUGCUUGGAGGAUUCAUCAUGUUGCCUGUAGCAAAGCCGUCACAUGAGAAAAAGUGGUGACCUCAUUUCUUGGGAAAUGGAACCACAGGAGGAGAGAGUGUUUUCCAGGUGCGGUGGCACCUGGAAGCCACAGGAUGAACAGGGAGCACGGCGGGACAGGGAGGAGUCUCACAUACCUGUAGUUCUUAGAGACUUCAUAGCACUGUGAACCCAGGUCAGUGGUACCCUGGUCAGGUGACCCUUGGUCACCUAUCUUGAGCCGGCCACUUGUAAUUCUAACACCAAAUCUCCUGAUGUUAAUUCUUCCUAAAGUAUCGGAGAAUGUAUGGAAGGAUGCAUUUGAACACUGAUAUUCAUUGAGCUUUGGGCAGACAAGAGGAGUGAAUGGAGAGUAUUUAGAGACUGUUUUUAAGGUGGUUGCAAGCUCUUCAGGAAAUCUCUCUCACCUUUGUUCUUCCUUCCAAUCUUUUUCAAUCUUGAUGCUCACCUCAUCAAAUGGACUCACCUUCUCUUUCCCUCUCUGCAGAGUACAGAAAAAGAAAAACACCGAAUCUUUUUCUUUUUAAACAAUUGUUCCAUCUGCCAAAAUGUGGGUCCCAAUGGUGGGUUUUCUUCCCUCCCUUGUGUGCUCUGAGCGGAACCUGCAGGCAAGGAUUCAGAGACAAACAGAACUGGAGAAUAGCACUAAUUUUUUUUUCUAAAACAAGGUAUUUUUUUCUUACAAUUCAAUUGGAAGUGUUACAUUGAAUUUCUUUUUCUUUCCUUUUUUUUUUUCGUUUGACUAUGGUUUGACUGUUAUCAAUUCAAAUACCAAGAUACACUCUGAGCAAGAACACAGACCUGUCCUGAGAGCCUCUGCUCUUCUUCGGACCUAACCUGGAGUUAGGGCAGGUGGGAGCCCAGGAGGCACUGGGGUUCCAGGAGGGCCAGCCGUGAGGCUGAUUUUCUAUCAGCUCUGAGAACCUUCUUGGAAAGAAAAAUUCCAGAAACUUCAACUGUUCUGCAUCAGUCAACCUGGCUCUGGCCUUUUCCUUGGAGUUCAGGUGUAUUUUGAUAUAGAAAUUCUCACCAAGAAAACAAGGGCCCUCCUGGAACUGUCCCUAAACGAGAUGGAGCUCGCACGAGCAGGUCUCGGUGGCUGCUGCCAACGCCUCCUGCUCAUUCCCAGCGGAGCCCUGACCAGAACUCCUUUCCCUCCUGCUCUGACCCUGCUCUCUGAGGUUAAUAUGAUUGUUUUGGCAGCACAAGGGACGAGAUCAUAGUCUGGAAUUCAGGAAUGACUUGUGCUUGACCGUGCAUCUGACUGUUCUGUGGACAGGUCAAGUCCUGCUGGGAUGGUUUAUUUCCACAAGGUAUUUCUGAUAGUCACAAAAGGAGAGAAUACAUGAGACUUCAUCCCUGAUUCUCCGUUCUCAUCAGCACCCGCUUUUGACUGGGAUGGACGGUGAAUGAACUGUCCCAAAUUUGAGAACAAGAACUUUGAAGAUGGACACAUGGAGCCAUGGGGAACAACAGGACUCAGUAGAUGGGUAGGAAGAAUAGUGACGAAGAGGAAGGCUCCCGGAAGUAUGCGGGAGGAGAACAUUAGUGGCCAUCUAGGCAUUCCUUCCUAUACUCUCUGGGGCAAAACUAGAAAAACGUAUUCUUUUCAAACAGAGGAAAUUGAUUUUACGGAGUGACGUGCUUAAGCAUUUUAUUUUUUAAACAAAAGGGUCAGAGAAAACAUCUAAAGAAAGGAGAGGCACAUUCUCAAGAACAGAUUAUGUUAUUGGAAGUAAAAAAUCCAGGACUUUAUCCUUCUACAGACCUAAGUCAAGUCACUCUUAGGGCCAAUUUCUCUUUCUGUAAAAUGGGAAGAAUAUCGUUUACCUACCUCACAGGGGUGUUGUGAGGAUUAAGUAAUCAUGACUGGUAAAGUGCUUUGAAGAUAAAAGUAUUACGAUGAUCAGGCUUGCUUCCUAUUUAAAAAUCUAAACACCAAUUGUGUGCAAGGUGCAGUGGAGGAAGGGAACAUAAUCCAGUUCCUCCACUCUCUUUCGAUUAAUGGAUAUAUUUUAAAAGAUUCCAAGAGGACAGAAUAACAGAGUUGUCUCAAUGUGGGUCAAGAAGGGAGUUCUCAUUCUGCCCCAGAAAAGCUACUCUCCUUUCCUUCUCAGAUAUUUAGACAAGAAGGAAGGGCUUUAAAUUCUUUGGCUUCCAUCAGAAAAUGCUCUUGUGGGAAGCAAACAAAUACUGGUUGUUCUACUUCCUUUGUGGGAAAAUGAAGGCAAAUAGCAGUGAAAAUUCCUUGUGACCAGCACAUAAGGUUCUUUAUUUCAGUUAUUCCUUCUAGGCUCAGCUUCAGUUUUGCCAUAGCCUUUUUCUUCUGUCUUCAGACCCAGAGAACAAUUCACUUAUGCUGUCCUGGAAUAGCUGGGGAUUUGGGGUUGGUUGGUUUCUUGGAGAGUCUGGUAUACUGUUGUUUGCUGGAAAGUCUUGGCUUCCAAAGACAAGGGUCUUUACUCGAAAACAAAUCAAAACAUGUGACUGCCAUUUUUUUUUUUUUUUUGGUGGGAGGAGUUUUCAAUUUCUUAGCUGCCUCACAUAAAGCAAAGCCUUUUAAAAUUUCUCAUUCAUUUUUCCAUGUGCAAAAAGUUCUUCUCUUCCCAAACAUACUCAGUGAACCAAGUCUGAAUUCUAAACUGUAGCACAUGUCAAAGGAUUCAAAUUAUUUGUACAGUGCCAUGCUGGAGGUUCACAAAUUUCUACAAAGAGCCAAAACACCUACUGAGCUAAGCAGGUUGGAAUUCCAGCCCCAAAUCGAAGCUUUCUGGAAAUGCUCCCAGAGCCUUUUAGCUUUAGGAAUGUCCUUUCAGUAUUGCUAGGGCAGUCUCCCUGAAUCCUCAGAAAUCCUCCUGCCACAGAAGAACAUCCUCAGAAGCCAGUGGGGGCUUCCUCUAUGUACUAGAACCAGAGAGAAGCCACUUGUUAUUUUGAAAAUCAUGAUAUGAUGCCAGCCUUUAAGGAAAGAAGAGAGUUACUUUCUUUUCCUUUCAGAGGGAAGAAAGGACUGGGAGAAAGGGAAGGUGAUUUGACUUGCUCUUUGGUUGCUGGAAGAGACGUGAGACUCAGAGGUCCAUGGUGGCCUGUACCGUGGACACGGGACUGCGGAGGCCCGUGGUGAGUUUCCUUAGGCAGCUGAGGUAGUGCUGAGGUGCUACGCUCCUUUCCUUUUAACCAAACCCAGGCUCAAGGAAAGGGGGGCCUCAGCUUUGGUGCUGCCAACUUGCCCAGAUCAUCCUGAGCGUCUCAGCCACGUCUCCGCCCCUCUCCAGCCUGUGUUCACCAGUGGGCCCUAGCGUUGACUCCAAAAGGCCUGCCUUCUUCGAGGCCCAUGCUUCCACGCACAUUGCUUCAGGUCCGAGCUGUCUGUCCAAAUGCAACCGCUGCAGCCUUUUCACUUGCCUUGACACCACUGUUGCUGCAUGCUUCCACCAAAUACGCCCCCACCCCUGCAGGAGCUGUCAUUUCACCCCCACUGAGAGGGCCUCCAGCAUUGCCCUAGGCCGCCAGCAUUGCCCUGGGCCUAGCCUGCCUGAAGCCCAGGACAGGCUCUGCUUCUUCCUUUUUUCAAAUCCAUGUGCCUUUAAAAGGCGUGGCCCUGGGUCCUCGUGGAGCCUUUAAAGAAGUGGAGGGCUGGAGAGAGGAACAGGUGAUGUUACUUAGGCAGUUGGGACACUCACUGAUAACCUGUGAAGCUAAUGUGGACCAGUAAGUGAAAACGCUGUUUUCCCAGCGGCUGGGCUGUCUAGGGCACUCGCUCUUCAAGAUAACAACAAUCCCUGUGAUGUGGUUGCUCACAUCUCCCCCUGCUGACCGCUAACCUCAUGGCACCUGCUCGUUAUUGAUGGCUUCGUUUGUAUUUGUUUGAAAUUAACAUUGAUUUUUAAACUCCAGAGAGAGAGAGAGAGAGAGAGAAAGAGAGCUGAAAGCCACAUAAACUCUGAGAUGAUCUGAGAUUAUGAGAACAGAGGAGAGCAUGAGCAUAUAACUGCAUCCAAAGCUUAUUGAUCCGUCGAGAUACAUAAAUGUGCCUGUCUUGGGCAUAUUACUUGUAUAUAUUCUUAUGUAUCUUUUUCUUAAAGGGCUGAAACAGUUUGAUGAAACAGAGUAUUCUGAUGUUUAGGGCUCUUGCCGGGCUUGAAAUUGACCUAGGCUAGAUGGCUUUUUCCUUUCUCCCAGGCACAGGGUCAUGAAGAAACCCCUGAGCUGGUAUAUGCCUUCACUUCCUCCAUAAGUGACAGAAAGCCAAUAGCAGGGUUCUACUGGGACUUGAGAGAUUCUCUAGUUGCUACCAGUAUUCCCAGCAGAUUCACAGAACAACCUGGGAUCCACAGGAAGCAGUUUUCUAAACAACUCCUGGACGUUCUGGAAUGUAAAUCACACUGAGUACAUCCGAUCUAUUAGCGCAGCGGUCGCCACAGUAGGGGAAAAGAGGGGAGUGUGCUGUGGACAAGUAAGCUUGGACGUUACCGCUCUGAGACUGGCCAGUGGUAGAUGAUCUUUGGCUGCCAAGAUCUCUGGCCAGUGACAACCAAACCUGCUCUGUCCAGCUCCUCUGCACCACCAAUCUCUGCAGGCGAAGUGGAGGCUGGCCCCUUGAAGCCAUGAGGACUCGGGGCAAGUGUCUUCCCUGCCUAAAUAUGAAGUCCUCCUGGCAUCUCUGGUAGACAGGGGACACUGCAGGGCAAUUGCUUUGUGGGAGGCAGAAUGCAUUUUUCAGCAGCUCUGGGUACCUCCCCACAGCAGCGGCAGCAUUGACAAGUCUGGGGUCCUCCAGAUAGACUUCAGCAGAAACCCAAGUGUCCACAGCAUGAAAAGCCACCCAGAGCCCCUUCUGCCCUCAGACAGAAUUGGCAUGACCUGGAGCGACACGAUACUUGGUUGUGUGGGAGAAGAGCGUUUCAGGUGGGCUGGAGGAAGCAGGUGCUGAUGCAGCAGGGCACGCUGAACCCUAAGUUUCUUUCUGGGGCAGGGUCUGGUUCUGGGCCUCCUCCUCUGGCUGGAGGAGUAAGGGAGACCACCUGCAGUGUUGGGAUCCAUGGUCUCUGGAUGUUUCCGAUCCAGGCAGGGGCUUCAUAAGAGUCCACCUGGAAGACCUGGUGUCAGGUGUGAGGCAAUCACAGGGUCUGUCCAAGCCUGGAGAAACCUUUUCAAGCCCAGAUCCCCAGAGGUAGCUUUGGAUCCCCUCCUCUAAACUGUCACCUGUGCACAGCCUGUGUUUCCUGACACUCAGGGUGUGGCAUACAGCCAGUGGCUCCAGACGGUCGUGCCAGCACCAUCCGUCCUGUCUCCUCCCCUCCAUCUCCUCUCCCUUCACCAGGCAUGGUAGCUGCAGUAGUGAGGACAGCAAACUGACUCUCUGCUUUCCCUGCGAUGGCCAAAUACAUUCCAGCUUCUACAACCUCUUGUCUUCAGCCCUGAUCCCCGUUGUACACAGUUUUCAUUAUCUUUUUCCUUACAUGGACUCUUUUGUGACAAGACAUGUUUUUAAGAAAUCUUUUUGUUUGGUUUUUCUGGUGUAACAGAAAAUUGGCUUCUUGGGGUAGGAAGAAAGAAAUAUGAAAAGGACAUGGGAAGAUGACAGUGUCAUGCUGGAAGGGUUGAUGGUGCCACCCUGCCUUCUACAUGGUGGUUUUCUUUUACUUUAAAAAAAAAUAACACAUUUGUUGCAGAAAAAAGUUGGGGUUUGGAGAGUACGGAAAGAAGGCAAGAAGGAAGCGAGGAAAGAGAGAGAGAAGGGGAAGAAAGAAAGGAGGCCCCUUGGGUGUCACUGUCUUCUCCUGAUGUCUGGAGGUGGUUUGUUGUUUAAAGGAAAUCCGUUUUUCUCCCUGCAGCUGGGCUGAGCUUUCCAGCACUUUCUGGCUCUGUGUGCGCCUGAAAACAGGCCACAAGGUCCUGGCUCUGGCCUCACUGACUUCACCCUGCAGGGUCAUUUUGGGCUUCUCUGUGCCUGGUCACGGGCUCUCUCAACCCCUCCACCUGCCGCAGGGAGGCAGCCAGCAGAGGCCAGGAGACUGGAAUCCAAUCUCUCUUCUCAUAACGAUGGUGAUUUUCAUGGGCUUCUUUUUUGGAUUUGCUUAGCUUUUCUUGGAUACUUUUUCUCCCAAGAAACUUUUCCGUGUUCACUCUGUAAGGCUGAAGACGCUGCUAACUGACGCUCUCUAAAGCAAAACUAGUUGAACUUCUCAGGUAAUUCAAAGCCUUGAGUGCAUAUAAUUUGUAAUUUUCCCUAAAGGGCUAACAAAAUAGUCUCACUGCUCCUGUCCACCCUGAGCAUGGGCUGUCUGACAAACAGGUUUGUGUGUGUAUUUGUGGGUUUUCAGGAAGCAGAGUCAUAAACAUCAUUACUUUUGAGAUUCCAAAUAUUUCCCCCCCGCCACCACGGAACCUGUGCUUGAGCAAGCACGCAUCCGUACGAGGAAAGGUUGAGAACCUGGCAACUCCAAGCUACUGGCGGGUGCCCCUGUUCCUCUUCCGGUUUCUCUAGGACAGGAAGUUUGCUCACUGUGUGAAGUUUUAGUCACCGUAUGAAACUCACCCUUUCCAGCUGGGAUUCUUUCCUUCUUCCCUUUGCCUCCAUGUAUCUAAUCCUCAUGGUUGGUUCUUACAUCCUGAGAAGAGCUGAGUGAGUAGAAUACAGCUUCCAAAGCUCAUACCAUGUUUUCCUUUACUCUGGAGUUUGCUGGUGUUGCUGAGUGAGUAGAAUACAGCUUCCAAAGCUCAUACCAUGUUUUCCUUUACUCUGGAGUUUGCUGGUGUUAAAAAUAGUCUAUAGUAAACUAUAGGCUAAGGAGAAAGCCUGUGAGCUGGACCUUCCUAGAUGCAGGUUCAUGACCACCUCCUGUUAACCAAAGUCUCGACCUAAAAGCAUAGAAAUGAGCCAAUUUCUAGCCUCCAUCUCUCUGGGGAAGAUCUCUGUGGAAGUGACUUAGCCAAAAUUUUAGGGGAGGGCUAGAAAAUACCUUGCCCUUGAUCACCCUCAAACUACACAGGUAUUGCUUAUUGAUACCCUGUGUGACAGGUCAGGGAGAGCCCUUAUGCAUGUGAUUGAUGACAUGCUAUGUGAUUAAUGCACCCUUUGGAUGGGGAAAGAAGCCCUUAUUCUUAAUUAGUUUAACUGAGCACCUAUUACAUGCAAAACAUAGUCUUUGCCCAUAGAUAAAGCUGGAGGGGAGGGAAGUACUGAAUGAAAAUUCCCAAGGUGUAAAGGCUAAGAGCAAAAUCUUCCCUUCCCACUCCUAGCAGCUCAGAAUGCACAUUGCCAUUUAGACUUCGCGUAGUACAGUUGCUGGACUGGUUCUUGGAGUACCAAGAACCUUAGAUCAUUGGAAAGGCAGAGGCAUGGAAGCCAGCAAAAUGGGCAGAGACCACUGUCCUAGAAUCACAGGAAAAGACUCCCAGACACUCCAGUCUGUUAUUGUAGAUGUGUCGUGGAAAAUAGCCUAAGAGGAGACCCAGGGAAAGGGAGGUGGUGGUGAGGUGACUUUUCUGUUCCCAUGAAGGGGCUAAGGAAGCCUCCUUGCAAAUGGAGAACUGGUCUGGCAGAAGUCUUUUGUUUGGCCCUGUUUUCCACACAGCAAAAGUAGACUUGGGUAAAUAAUUCAGUGUGUUGGAACGUGAUAGGAAUCAUUUAUUUUCCUUAUACUGCACUUGGGAGCAUCACUUUUGGUAUAGACAAGCAUCAGAAUUUGAAAACCUGUUUUAGCUAAAACCUCCAGCUCAAGGAAAUAAGUAUAUCACAGAGGCUAUUGGGUGGGACCCCACCCCACCCGAUAAGCAGCCUCUUGUCUUUGAGAGAAGCAUUGGUCCACAUUUGGGAAGAAAGGUCCCAGCACAGGGAGCCAUUCUGAUCCUGGCCCCGGGUCUUCCUAUCUUGUCACCACCAGCUUGGACCGUGGAAAGUAAGUCGUGGGAGCCUGCAGUUCACACCAGCAUGGCCAGUUGACCUCCCUUGUCCAGCCCAGACCUAGAGUCAGGAAGGACAAUGACUGGAGAGAACGCUGGGCCCCUGUAUCCCCCACACCAUGUUCAGAUCUUCCUGCCACAGAUACAGGUUCCCCAUUCCCACGUGGGACGUGGCUCCCUGCCUGGAAGGAGAAACCUAGGAUGGAAUAUUUCAAGGCCGGCAAGUAUGCUAAUAAAAAUUUAAAUGCCGUUUAAUAUCCACUCUGCAGUCCUCCACUGCCUCCUCUCCUUUUCUGGUUCAUCAGUGGCACAUUUAACUCUUGGUGCUCCAGAUGGCCAAUGACUUCCAUUUUCUUGGCCAGACUAUGAGGAUGGAGUAAUGUUGACUCAAAGUCAACACCCAUGGUUCUCAGCUAUGUGGACAGAUGUGGACAUCUGUCUGUCCUCAUUAAUCUAGACCUGGUGCUAUUUGUGGCAAAUCGUGCCUAUGGAUGUAAUUUCCUUCAUUUUCUUUCUUUCUUUUUUUUUUUCGAUUGCAUUGCGACUGAAUAAUUAUGCUAGAAAGACAGAUUUCCGUGUAGGGCUUUCCUUAGCACAAGACUUUUUUUUAUUUUUUAUUUUUUACUGUUUUAGGAGAGCUGGGUUUUCAGUGUCUGAGACCCCUUAUUUUUAAAAGAAAAAAAAAAAACUGUUUUUCUUUUCUAUUAGCCAAAAAGAAAAUUGCAUUAAAAACAACAACAUCAUGCUCUUUCUUCCCUCUCUCCCUGCUGAGUUUGAAGGGACAGAUGCACAUGGGCUGGGAGCUUUUGAAUCAGUUGCUCAAAAGACUUUUCUGUUCCCCCACCAUGGCGAGGUCAGGGCAGUGACAACAAACAAUUUAACUUCUCGAACCUUGUGGUGCCUUUUCUCGUGGUGCUUCUCUGUUGUGUAACUCCACUCAAGGCGGCCACUUGCAGCAAACAGCAAUGCCAGCAAAUGGUAUUAUGUGCCAGUGCAGUAAAAGACUUUAAUGUAUAAAUAUAUACAUAGAUAUAGAUAUAGAUAUAUCACUAUAGUUAUAUAACUAUAUAAUUGAGGUUCUGAUGCAGCUUUGGUGGGAGUUGAUCAUUCCUCUGCAAAAAUAUAUACUACUCAACUGGAACUAAUGGCUCUCUUGAGGGUAUUGACAUUUGGGAAAGGCACAACAGAUGAGAUGGGUUACUCUCCUGUGACAAGUUUUCUUCUUCCUUCUUGUGAAAGUUGCUGUCUCCAUAGCACAGAAUAUUUGAUAAGGGAGCAAAGUGCAGCUUCUUUUGAACUUCCUUUGGUGCUGAUAUAUAUUUCUUUUAAUUCUUUGUUUGUUUUGCUUCCCCAUUAGUGGCCAAUAAGCUGCUUUCCCCAAAAUCUCAACUCACCAAUCAAAGGUGGCAGGGGACAGUUUGGGAAUAAGAGGCUGGAAGUUGGGCAUCCCUCACUUCAUGUCCUGACUCAGUUUUCCCUGUGACCUGCAUAAGGCCCACACGUGGAUUCUCCAUCUACAAUGAGUAUCAUAAUAUUUACUUACCUCAUGGGGAAGAGUAACUUAAAAGGAUUAAUUGCUGAUACUGAAUCACUAGAUCAUUAUUAAUUUGGAGACAGCAACUUGACAUGUUUUUAAGAUUUUGUUUAUAUGUUGCUAAGACUUAAAUCUUGGGGUUUGGUUUUGUUCGCCUCUCGUUUCUCCAUCUCUGCUAUGUUUUCUGUCCUGCCUUUGGCAAUACCUUAAAUAUUCUGUAACUCGUGGAGAUUCACCUAGGGCGUUGGGUAGUGCUAAUUUCUCCCAAGGGAACAACAUCACUAAUACUGUAUAAGGUGCUAGAAUCAAACCUCAUUUUAUAUACUUUGGUUCUUAGAGAAAAACAAAACAUGCAGAAUUCUUUCUGUGAAGCCUUACUAUAGAUUGCUAUAGCCAAUUGUUUAUCCAAAAAGUGAGACAGAGAGAAUAGAAAAUAAAGAUAAGAUGCAGAGGUUCUGUAUAAAGUGUAACGAAAAGACCUUUGCUAUUUCUUAUAUUAAUGUAAACUAUCAUAUAUAUAUUUAUAUACAUAUAUAUAUGCUUGAGGCAGAUAGAAUGGAAAAAUGUACAGUAUGGUCAUCUUUAUUUUGUCAGUUAAUUCACAACUUUUAGUAUGUGUGCAAGAGAGGUUUACGGUGGGGAUGGGAUAAGGGAUGCCCAGUGUGAGAUGGGAAAUCAUUCAUCUUUCUGUUCUGUUCCACAUGCUAGUAGAAGGAAUAGGCUGAAUGAGAGGAAAGGGGAAUAAAUCAAGACAUAGAUGUGCUUUUUAAAUUUUCGGAGCACUGAUGUUAUGCUUUUGUGUUGUUUCUUCUUUAUUUCAAGAUUUCUCUACAGUGCUGUAAAAUUGUCCCCUGCCUAGGGCGUUAACCAAUAAUGUUUACCUCAAGAAAGUUUUUUUUUUUUUU